UGACGUCCUUUCGAACAAGUUCAGGGCGACAGGGAACAUUUCCCUCGUCGUUCUUAAGCUCUAGUAUUGGAUCAGAAACAAACAAUCGAUUAUCUUUGAUUCUCCAUGCAAGAACACCGUGAACUAAAAAGGCAAUGGCACAAACAAAGAUUGGCAGUUAGAGAAUUUUAAAGAAUCAGGAACGGGUUUCAUUACAAAUUUCAAAUUUCUGCAUAUAAUUAAAUUCAACUCCUUCUCUGUAACUGAACAUGACCCAACUAAGCUCAGUGAUAAUAGGCAAAGAUCAUCAAUGUCAGUACUCAAAAUACGAAAAGUUUUAAGAUUUCGGAGCCCCUGAGCAACGGACAAAUCCAAGAAUUAAACUUUCUCGUUGUUGUUAUCUUUGUUCCGCCUGAUGGUAUAUUCUUAAAGUAUAAUCCUCUUAUAUUCUGUUAUUCCGCGAAUCUACUCUUGUUCUCCUCGAAAAUUCAUUCUACAUUAACUUCAUUAUCUUAAUAAAACUAUCUCUCAAUGGCCAAUCCCAAUCUUUCUUUCCCAUAUUCCAAUUUGGUUCGUUUUACACCUUCCUUUAUAGCAAAUGCACACUACUUACUAAACUUACAGUAUAAAAACUUCAAUAAUCUCAAGUUUUUCAUUGAAUUUAGAUCUUUCUUAUCCUUGAAAACCAGUUAUGGAGAAUUCUUCGCGGUCACAUGUUGUUAUAGUUUAUGAUGCCACUAAAGAUCGUGGCGUGCAUGAGCUUAGACGCACCAUUGAUGAAGUGAGACUGAGAGGUGACAUUCUUCAUGGUGGUGAUAGGCUCAUUGUUCUUGGAGUUCUUCAUAAGGUGCCUAAUCCCAUGGGUUACAUGAAAGCGUGUGCCGAUUCCUUUGGUGGGACAAGUGCUCGUAUCAUGGAAGAGGAAAUUUCAAAGAAAAUGGAUAUGUAUGUAAACAUGCUCCUGCAAAGUGCUGAAGUUUGUGAAGAUGAAGGGGUAAUUAUAGAAGUUAAGAUUACAGCAGGAACUCCCAUGAAGCAGGUUAUAAUUCAAGAAGUAGUAUCUUUUAAUGCAGCUUGGGUUAUACUGGAUCGGCAUCUGAGGAGGGAUUUGAAGUUUUAUCUUAAACAGAUACCUUGCAAGGUUGCAUUAAUUCAGGAUAACUUUUCUGUGCAACUCAAGAAAUCUCAGACUAUGAAUGAAACAGAUCCCAUGGAACAUAAAUAUUUUUAUUCCAUGUCCAAACCUGUUCCACUGUUGAAUUCUCAAUCUGAUGAAAAUGAAGGACAGACUGAAAUCACUUGCAGAAGUUACUCAUAUAUGAGUUCCAUUGACAGCUCUGAUAUGUCUAGGACUAACCCUUCGUAUGGAUCACGUGAACAUAACUUUUCGUUGGAUUUUGAGUCAUCUGCCAAGCAACAUAAAUCAGACACAUAUAACAAAGCAGAGAACAAACAAAUUGCUCAAAAUCACAAUAAAAAAGCCUCUAGAUGGCAAUCAUCGGAAGCACCCCUUCUAUGUUCUACGUGUGGGGCAAGGACUGAAUUGUACAUCAAGGAGUCAGUUCGAUUCAGCUUUUCCGAUAUUCAGCUUGCAACUAAGGAUUUUUCACAGGAGAACCUAUUAGGAGAAGGUGGAUAUGGACAUGUAUAUAAGGGUGAGCUUAAAGAUGGACAGCUAAUUGCAGCAAAGGUGAGAAAAGAAGCAAGCACACAAGGAUUUACAGAAUUUCAGUCCGAGGUAUAUGUCUUAAACUUUGCUCGACAUAAGAACAUCGUCAUGCUUUUGGGCUUUUGCUGUAAGGAGAACCUUAACAUCCUGGUUUAUGAGUAUAUUUGCAACAAGUCUCUGGAUUGGCAUUUGUUUGAUAACAAAUCAAAUACUCUUGACUGGCACCAAAGGUAUUCCAUAGCCAUUGGAACUGCAAAAGGGUUGCGUUUUCUGCAUGAAGAAUGUCGUGGUGGUCCUGUCAUUCAUCGAGAUGUGCGACCUGGCAAUAUAUUGCUCACACAUGACUGUGUCCCUAUGCUGGGGGAUUUUGGCCUUGCCAGAUGGAAGACUACUGAUGAGGUGCAAACAAGAGUGCUCGGCACACUUGGAUAUCUUGCUCCAGAAUACGCAGAAAAUGGCAUUGUUUCUGUGAGAACAGAUGUCUAUGCAUUUGGCAUUAUUCUCUUACAAUUAAUAUCAGGACAAAAAGUAGUUGAUUCAAAAAGAAAGGAAGGACAACAAUCACUUCGACAGUGGGCAGAACCACUGAUUGAGAAGCUUGCACUACAUGAACUAAUCGAUAAACGUGUUGGAGAUUCAUAUGACACAUAUGAAUUAUAUCUUAUGGCUAAAGCAGCACAAUUGUGUAUACAAAGAAGCCCUGAAAUGCGACCAUCAAUGGGAGAGAUCAUUCGCCUUCUUGAGGGAGAAAAUAGCCAUCUCCACCGUUUGCAAGAGCAAGUUUUACCUCAUUAUAGAAGCACAUGAAGAGGCUGAAGAUACACUCAUUUUAGUUUUAAAAAUGUCUCUCUCCUAUUUCUUUUUUCCUCUUUACAUUUUCUGAGCAAUAACCAUAUAUUGCUCCUUAUAUACUUCCUUAUGGCCUUGCUUUGGCCAAUGAUUUUGUGUUUAGAUGGUUUUGAGAAGAACACUCGCUCUUGAAAUGUGAGUAUGCCGAAACACGAUCACUUAGACGAAA